AUGAGUCAAUAUUAUACAAAUUCUAAUACUUCUGAAGAAGUAAUAUGCCGACCUGGAACUACAGGAAAUGGAACAUGCAUGUGUGAUUGGAGAGUUCAACUACGCGAUUGUCCAUCUGAGGGUACUUUCAUUGAAAAUUUAUAUCUAGUAAACACGCUUGCGUGUUUUAUAGUAUUUAUUAUGCUUACUGGAUUACUUAUUUGGAGAAUGGCUGUAAAAGGACAAGGACUCAUCUCCAAAGAUCCUUUAAAAGAGAUGGGAAUAUUGCGUCCAAAACCUCUUGAAUGUUUUCUACUACUGAAUAUUUUUCAUGUUGCAUCACGAUUAUUAUAUUCAGUUUGUUUAAUUAGUGAUUUUUUAUCAUUAAACGUACUUAAAGAACUUAUACACGACGUAACAUUCACAAUAUCAUUGGCGUCAUUGACCAUAUACCUCAUCGGUUUAAUUUAUACGAUACCGCGAACUCAUAUUGCUGCACAGCGUGCAGUUAUAUCUGGUGCUGAAAAACCUUCAACUUGGGUCCUUCGUCCACAGAUGAUAGAUGCUUUCGCUUUUUUACUAUUUAUUGGGCUGAUUGCUUUGAAUGCUUGUGCUUUAAUAUCGGGAAUAUUUAUGGAUAAUAAUAACGUAAAAAUGGCAGAAACUUGGAUUACCAUUCAUUACUUGGGAUGGA